AUGUCUGAUCCUCUUUCUGUAACUGCCAGCGCAGCUGGCCUUAUCUCACUUGGUCUGGAAACGUGCAAAGGCAUUGUCAAAUACUGCGACGCAUGGCGAGGCUCAGAUGAGGAGAUCGCCAAUCUCACCACCAAAGCCGAAGGACUUUCCAAAACGCUGAAACACUUGGAUAGAAUCUUGAUUGAAACAGACCAGAUAGACCCAGAGAUUGCGAGUGAUAUCAGCGCAAAGAUCGUCGCAAAUAGAAGUUGGAUAACAAAGCUGAACGAGAAGAUAUCCAAAUGUGUCGCCAGUUCGCAAGAUAAUGGCAGAAUCCAAACAACUGCGAGAAAGGCCAUGUAUCCUUUUCGGAGGGAUACACUAUUGGGAAUGAAAGAUAUUCUGCAUGGCUUGCAAAUGAAUUUGCAUACAGCGUUCCUUGCAGCGCAGCUCCAGCAAGUAUCAGCGCUUGCCAAACAGGAAGAGUCUAUCAAGAAAAUUGAGAUAAUCAACGCUAUGAUAUUGGCAAAGAUAGACAAGUUUGGCACAGAAAUCAACCAGAUGGCACUUCCAUUUCCACCACAGGCUCAACCCAGCUCUUAUGCAGUCCAAAGUCGAACACGGCGUUGCCCAGAUACAACUUGCCUAUGUCCACAGCAGCUUGAUACCAUCUAUCAAAUUCAUAUUCCAUCCUGUCUAUUUUAUAAAUCCCCUCUGAGCACCAGAGUUCUAACAAAGAAAUUCACAUUUUGCAGCCAGUGGCUUGGGCUUUCUGUCAAGGCGGCCAUUUCUUUCGCAAAGGGAUCAAGUGGUCUCUCGAUUAGUCCUUUACUUCAAUUCCAAGCAAUUGUGCCGCAUGAUUCAGGGGCUUUUGGAAUUGUUUCAAGACCACCACCUUUGAACGAGAAACCCGAAGCAGUCGCUCGUUUCUAUGACUACAUGAUACAUAAUCUGCAGCAGCUAUUCGAUGAAAGAAAAGCAAGCCCUACUGACCGAGAAAGGAAUGGGAUGACCUUACUACACGCUGCUUGCCGUAUCUGGCACAACAACUCCCUGAGGAAUCCAUUCGUGCCGAUGCAUCAAGCUCGAGUCAUAAGAUAUCUUGCAAGAGCAGGCUGCCCAAUAAAUGAAGUUUCAAGCUCUGGUUUGACUGCACUUGACCAUCUCGUGCAGUUUAGGAUUGAUGCAACUGUGAAAUGCCUUAUUUUUGAUCUGAUAGACUCUGGUGGUUUAAUCACAAGUCGCGGAGUUAUUGGAAUAAACCUGCAAGGAAUGAAAUACUACUUUUCCAAAAAGAAUGAGGGGUUUCUUCUCCCAAAUAUUGCAACAGCCAUUCUCUCUCACUCGGAGGCCGAUCUCAGGAACCUCCUUGAUUCAGGAUGCGCCGACCCAAAUGAUCUAGUGAAUGAGGCCACGUUAAUCCAGAUGUCUGCAGACUGGCCAAAGGGACUUCGUAUUCUCUUGGAAGCAGGAGCAGAUAUCAAAAGCCCGGAUUCACGGGCGCUUUCUUUGGCAAUAAAAUACGACUUACUGGACUCUGCCAAAGUAUUGGUAGAGGCAGGCUGCCGGCUCCCUCCACAUUACAUUGCAGACAGUAGGUCCACCGAUAUGGAGACAAUUCUCAUAGAGACGUUGGUCUCCAGGCGACAACAGCUCCAAAGGCUUGCCCGAAAGAUGUUAUCGAAGCAUGAUCAACACAGACUGGGUUUGUCAAAUGAUUGCCUGCCCGACAAGCAUUCCAGGGAGAUAUAUAAGACUUUAAUUACCCAGGACAUUCUUGUUGAUCCAUCCCUAAGCCCUUGCUUUCCAGGAUCUUUGUUCCAUGUGCCUUACCUGAAAACCAACCAACUCGAAACAUUAUACAAAGCUGGAUUUCGAGAUAUCAACUCAGAAUUCCUCAGAGACACUCCAUUAAUGGUCCCGAUUUACUCGCACUCAAUCCAGUCCUAUCUUGAUAGAGCUUUGUGGUUAAUUGGGAAAGGUGCGAGCAUGCACGAAACUAUACCAGGGCACAAAGCAACGGUGACUCACGUACUCUGCCUUUAUAUUGCGAGAGCUAUUACAAGACCAUUACAAGACAGCUUCUCACUGUCCAAACCUCUCUGGGAAGACUUUCGGCUAUCGCUGGUAGCUGAAAUCUCUCGCCUUGAUCAAUCAAGCCGUAUGUUUCUCCGAGAAGUAUUUAUAUCAGACCACACCGAUGAUUGCACUUGCUACUGCUCUAUCGGAGGAUGCUCUCCAUUACACAUGGCUUUAAGAUACAUGAUCCAAGAACUGACAAGCUCCAAGCUGUCACAUGGGAGCAAAAACCAGCCCCAGGUUCAGCAUCGUCGCAUCUGCGCCAUGUUCGACGUUUUCAUCGGUGAAAUAAAGGGAUCUCCUGAAGCUGACCAGAAAUUCAUCAGGGCUAUGACAUUUAACGGUUUAGAACUUACGCACACCUGCUGUCAGGUGUCUGGUUUUAAUAAGCUUUGCCUCAAGCCUAAAUGA